CGUACUUGUCAUUUGAUUGUGCAUUCUUCUUUAGUAGAAAUUAUUAUUAUUUAUUUACAAACUUUAUUAAUUUAUUAAACAACAAAAAAAAAAAAUGGAAUGUUCAACCAUGUGUCGUGUGUGCAUGCAAAACAUAUCCUUAGAGUAUGUAGAUUUAGAUACUCCAUUUCAUGACACAACCUAUUUUGAAUGCUUCAACUACUGUACCAAACUGGAAGCUAAGGCUAGCGAUAAGCUGCCUAAAAGUAUUUGUGUUUCAUGCGCCAACUUAUUGCAAAACUCCUAUGAUUUUAUUACUGCUGCUGCCGAGGCUGAUCGUAUGUUCCGGGAGUAUAUUGUCCGAUUGGACGAUAACGAUGAUCAUACUAAAUUCGAGGCUGAACAUAAGACUGUAGCUAAGGAACUUCUAAAUGUAUCUGCUGAAUUUGAAAUAAUUGUAUUAGAAAAUAAACCAACUAUACAUUUAGAUCAAGAGAAAUAUGAAGAAUCAAUGGAAGAUACAGGCACAAUAAGGGAUAUAUCACCAAAAGACGAAAUCGAUGAAAUAAUAAAUGAAGAAGAAGAUUAUCGUGCGGAAUUCGUAGAUACCGAACAAGAUUGGGAAAUUAAUAUAGAAAAUGCUCCUAUUGCAGCUGAAGAUCCUAUAUUCGAAGUAGUCGAAUCAAAUGAAGUUCGAAAACUAGAAAACAAUGUAUUGAAAAUAAUAGAAAAACAAAAACAAAUUAAACCAGCAUUGAGGUAUAUUCUACCAAAAAUUGAAACAGAAAACAAUGAAGACGCCAUCAAUACUAAACUUGAAACUAAGGAUAUUCUUUCAUUGAGUGGAAAUUUAAUACUCAAUCAACAAAAUGAUACAUCAAUAAACAAAUGUGAUAUAUGCAAGAAAAAGAUUCGCAAAAACUUUGCUGAUCAUAUGAAUCAGCACACAGGUAAUAGAGCAUACAAGUGCGAUAAAUGUGACGAUUCAUUCUACACCCUUAAACAAUAUACUCUACACAAGGCGCAAGAACAUAAAAGAUUUAGGGAUGCUUGGUUUUGCAAUAAUUGCGGAGAAGCAUUCGAAACUCGAUCUAAGCUUAUUAAUCACCGAAAUAAUUACCAUAAUGAACAAACUUCAGGCUUAUGUUUGGCGUGUGGUGAGAAUUUAUCUGACGAAGAAGCUUUACAACAACAUGUUAAAGAUAAACACUGGUCACGAAAACUACCAGUUGAAUGUUCUCAUUGUAAAAAGAAAUACCAGCUAAAUACACUUCCAAUGCAUGUUAAAUAUGCCCAUUCAGAUGUGGCACGCGCUGCGGUUGAUAAAGUGUUCACUUGUAAAUACUGUUUUAAAAAUUGCGAGGACCCCAUUCAGCUAGAGAAACAUGUUAAAAACCAUAAAGCAAAACAUUUAUACUCAUGUGUGAUUUGUGGGAACGAUUUCAAGGGCAAAGCCGUUUUCGAAAAGCAUAAAGCUGAAAUGCAUCCAAUGCAGAAUGUAAAUUCAAAAAUAAAAAAAUGCAACAGAUGCGAAUUUACUACAACCCAGCAAUCUUUAUUGGUGAAGCAUAGAAAGAAAAAGCAUUACAACUAUUACCACAAUCGCAUCCGUAAAUUUCUUUGUGCAUAUUGUCCUAAAAAGUUUUUAACUUUAAAAACACUCAAUGAUCAUGAAGAUUAUCAACAUGGUGAACAAAAAACUGCCCACCAAUGCGAUUUGUGUGGUAAAAAGUUCGAUACUAAUUUUAAGUUACAACUGCAUAAAAAGAGUGCACAUGAAAAUGAACGUCCAUAUAUGUGUAAAGAAUGCCCCAAGGCAUUUAAACUAAAGAGUCAACUUCUCCAACAUGAGAAGAACCAUUAUGAGAGGAAAAUCAAUUGCCCCUAUUGUGAUAAAAAAUAUGUACAACCCGCUUAUCUGAGAGUACACCUUAGAACGCAUACAAAUGAGUUGCCAUAUGAGUGUCAUUUAUGUGACAAAAAAUUUCCCAUUAAAGGUCGGUUGACUUAUCAUUUGGCGAAGCACGAGGGUAGUGUGCGUAAGUGCGAAUAUUGCCCAGAGACGUUCGCUAAUGUGGCAAAAUUGAGAAUUCAUAGAUUUGAACAUAUUGGAUACCCAUUAGUUUGUGAUAUAUGCAAAGAAAAUCAUUAUAAAAGAGAAAGCCUGGUCCGUCAUAUGAAAAGAUAUCACCAAAUUGUAAUGACCAAAGAAGAUGUCGAGGAAAACCGCCUAAGAAACAUGAAAAAUUUCUAUCGAAAGCCCAAAGUCAAAGCUGAAUCCAAUUUAGAAAUUUCAGAACGAAAGGUGGGAUGUCCCAUACCAAUGGAUGGACUUUGUUGGAGGCGAUUCGAAGGGGGAAAUUCGCUUUUAUUGAGUCGUGUCACUGAACCCCCAACCGACGAUGGCGGAGGCGGUGCUGGAGGCAUAAAUGCAUGCUGUGGACCCGAUGGUGGCAACGAUGUAACUGUAGCUUCCGGCAAUAAAGGAUGCCUGGGAUGUGGACGUGCUAGAGACGAAGCAGAUGAUGAACUUGCUGCUGCUGCACUUUGGGCUUUUAAAAAUAAUAACUUCAACAUGAACUUCGACCAAUCAGCUUGUCGGGUCUGCCUGCUCGCAGACUCGAUUGGAUUUCCACUCGCACAGAAAGCAGACCUAAGCAAAGAUUAUACAUUUCUGGAAAUGUUCAAUGCAUGUACUCAUUUAGAAGCACUCGAAUCUGACGAAUUUCCUCAAUUUAUAUGCCAAAGCUGUUCACAGGACUUGCAAAUAACAUUUGAUUUUCUUUACAAAGCAUCCAUCUCUGAUCAGUUCCUUAAAGAUCAACUUAAAAUCUCUAAGAAAGAUGAAAACUGUGACAAUUCCGAUGAGAAUAAUGAAUCUAAAAAUGACCAUACCACUGAAGAAAACUCACUUGACUGUGAAGAGUACUCGCAAGUUGAGCAUCCAGACGAAUUUACAAUUAUUUCUCAAUAUGAAGAUGGGACUCCACUUGAACAAGUCAAAUGUGAACAGUCCACUGAUAAUGAAAGUGUCGACCGUAAGGAUGGAUUUGGUUUGGAAUUUGAACAAUUUGUCAAAGUGGAGCUUGCUUCUGAAAAAAUUUAUGUAGAAUAUAAUGAGGAUUCUUGUCAAGAAAGUAAUGCUUCGAUAUCAGAAACAAUUCUUGAUACUGAAGGUGAAAAAAAAGAGUCACAGGCACUUGAAGUAAAAAUGAGCUCAGAUCGAAAGACUAGUGCAAAUUCUAGGGAUGAUAAGGAUGUAGAAAAUGGCCAAUAUGUUGAGUGUAAGAUUUGUGGAAAGUUUCUUAAGCAAAUGUCAAUGAAACAUCAUCUAAAAAGAUGUCAACAAGAAGAGAAACUUCAUCUUUGCAGUUCAUGUCCUAAAUCCUUUGCUGUGCGUAGCGAUUUAAAAAAUCAUAUGAGAACACACGAUAAAGAAAGAGAAAGAAGAUUCGUAUGUUCUGAAUGCGGCAAAGGAUUUUUCGAGAAACAAUCACUAAAAGUGCACAUCGCGCGGCAUAUGGGUGACAAGGAAUAUCAUUGCUCAAUAUGUCCAAAACAAUUUACGACCAAAAAGAGUUUGGACGUUCAUGUAUUUACACACAAUAGAGAUCUGGGACGAUUUGUUUGUAAACACUGUGACAAACGAUUCCCUUCUAGAGCUGAUCUUACUGUACACGAACGUUUCCAUACUGGCGACUAUCCGUUUCAGUGCGAAUUAUGCGACAAAAGCUAUGCUGUGAAAUCACAUUAUAAUUAUCAUUUGGCAAAACACAAAGGUAUAACGUAUAAAUGUGAUCAAUGUGAUAAGGAGUUUUUAAAUCGUGGCAGCUUGACUGCUCACAAAUUCAAACAUAACGAACGAAUGCCACACGAGUGCUCGAUAUGUAAAAAAGGAUUUGCAUCACCUUAUAAAUUAAAUCGCCACAAAAGUUGUCACAAACCUAAAGAAGAUGACGAUCGAAUAAAAUAAGUAUUUAAACCUUUAUGUACUACCGAUUGCUUGGGGCUGUAAUAUAAUUUUCUUCAAAACUUUUAUUUUAAGCAAAAAAUAUAAAGUUAUACAGAUUUAAGUUUUCACAAAGUAAAAUAAAUUAACAUUUUGAUUAAGGAUUUUCAACUUCA